AUGUCUGGACGUGGAAAGCAAGGUGGUAAGGCUCGCGCCAAGGCUAAGACUCGGUCUUCCCGUGCCGGUCUUCAAUUUCCAGUGGGCCGUGUCCACCGCCUUCUCCGCAAGGGCAACUAUGCCGAGCGGGUUGGGGCCGGUGCUCCCGUGUACCUGGCUGCCGUGCUGGAAUACCUGACAGCUGAGAUCCUGGAGCUGGCGGGCAACGCUGCCCGUGACAACAAGAAAACGCGCAUCAUUCCGCGCCACUUGCAGCUAGCCAUCCGCAAUGAUGAGGAACUCAACAAGUUGCUGGGUAAAGUCACCAUUGCGCAGGGUGGCGUCUUGCCCAACAUCCAGGCUGUUCUACUGCCCAAGAAGACCGAGAGCCACCACAAGGCCAAGGGCAAGUAAA